AUGUGCCCCCCCUCCAGCUCUUCCCCGCACGUCGCUCCCCUCGUCCUCCUCGUCCUCCUCACCCUCCUUGACCUCCUCCCCCCAACGCCGCCGCUCUUUUCCAAGCGACGCGCGUCUGGCGCCUCCCGCGCGGCCCGUCCGCGCUGGGCGGGCCUCGGGGAGGCGCGCCAAACCCUGCAAGCACGCCUCGAGCCUGAAAGGUCGAUUUUCGACCGGGCUUCGCUGUGUGGAACGCGCUCGUCUAUGUGGAACAUACUGCUGGUCGACGUGCAAUCGGCGACAGCAGCACCUGCUGCGCCCGCUCUGCGUGCUCCUCCCUGCUGGACCGUGCGACCCCGGGCGGGCGGCCGCGGGCUCUCUUGCUUCUUCUGCGUGGCUCUCCGGUGGCCCUUGUGA